AUGUCAGUUUAUGAAUUAUGCGAUGAUGUAACAGACCCAAAUUUGGGACCAACAUGUGGAAGGCCUUUUGGAUUUAGCUUCAACAAUUUUAAUGGAGUUCUUUAUAUUGUUGAUGCAUUUCUUGGUCUGUUUAAAGUAGGACCUGAGGGUGGACUAGCUACUCUAAUUGCUAAGAGUGCGGGUGGUGUUCCAUUUAAGUUCCUUAAUGGCAUUGACGUUGAUCAACUUACAGGAGAUGUCUAUUUAACUGAUGCCAGCCAAACAUUUGAUUUAAGAAAUGUCAUACAAGGGAAUUAUGUUCUAGAUUCAACUGGAAGAUUAAUCAAGUAUAAUCCAAUAACAAAAGAGUUGAAGGUGUUGCUAGAUGGGCUCUCUAUACCAGCAGGACCUGUGGUUAGCACUGAUCGUACAUUUGUGUUGUUUUCAGAGUUCAGUACUAAAACAGUCAAAAAGUACUGUCUCACCGGAUUAAAAGCAAAUACAACUGAAGCUCUAUUAAACCUGCCAGGAAAUCCCGUGAAAAUAAAAAGAGCCCCAGAGCCGGGGAAGUUUUGGGUGGCAGUUAAUGAGAUUGUUCAACAACAACAGCGCAAUGCUACACCUUUUGGAUACAAAUUUGACUCAUUUGGGGAAAUACUACUGAUAAAAAAUUUGGAAGAUUACUAUAGCAAUAUUAUUGUAAAUUUGGUGCAAGAAUACAACGGAGGAAGAGUGUUUGUUGGUUCACGUGAAGUCAAGUUUGUUGGCAUGUAUAGUAAAUAG